AUGGCGCGGGAGAGUCUGCGCGGGGUGGCUGGUGCCCGCUUCGCUGCAGACCGCCUUGUGCAGCGGCUGACGCGUGAGCUGGCAGAGGCCCGGGGCGAGGCCGCCAGGCUCCGCGAGCUGCUCGAGGCGAAGGUCGACUGCGAGGGGGGCCCCGAGGUGCUGCGGCGCGAGGCGAUCGCGAGGCCUGUCCUGGGGGCCCGCGUCGCCGGCAGACCCGAGGCCCCAGCAGCUAGGCGGCGGCGCAACGUGGCCCGGCACGCCGCUUCCUACCCGCUGGCCGGAGCGGAGCCCGCCGCGCGGCGCAAGGCCGAGCGCGGGCCUGCUGGUGCUGCCCACGGCGGUGCCAGCAGUGAGGGGGCAGCGCGGCUGCAGCUGGAGAUACAGGUCGAUAUUUGCGUCGCCGAGCCCGCCGUGAAGCUCGGGAGACCAGCGGAGCCGAGGGCGAGCCUGCGGUCAAGCGCCCAGCCCUUCCGUUCGAGGCGCACGCCGCUGCGGAGCGGGGCCGCGCCGUACGCACCCUUCCGCCAGCUGAGCUGCGAGGAGACGGCCGAGGAGGUGCUUGCGGCGCUGGACUGCGGGUGGGCGGCGCUGCAGGCGCUGGAGCGCCGCCGCCGCCGCUGGGGCACCUGGGAGGCCCAACUGGAGAGCAGGGCGACAGCAGGCACGGCGAGGGCGAGAGCGCCAAAGGGGGGCCAGGACAGCACGGUAUGCUCCGAGACCCUCUCCGCCGCCACCGCCGAGCGCCACGAUGCUGUCGCGCAAUACCUGCUAGAUAACGAUGCUGCGCUCCUCCGAUGGGGCAUCGGAAGCGUCGAGAGCGUCGAGGUCGACGAGGGCUCCGUGGGCGGCGACAGCAGUUCCCACGUCUCCUCCGUGUUUGGGGUCUUCAGGGACUACGGGCCCGACCACGGCCAGUUCCUCAUCGACGAGUUCUCCGACGGCAGCGAGCGCGCUGCCGAGUGCGACCUCGAGCGUGCCGCAUGGCUAGCCCAGGGCUCGCCGAGCUUCGCCGAGCAGUGCGCUCGGCUGGAGCGCAGCAGCCACUUCGAGGAUGAUUUCGAGUGGGGACUUCUCAGGGUUCUGAGUACGCGCGAGGCUGUUCUUGGCAGAAGCGUCCGCUGGUUGCUUAGUCAGUGUUCUCCUGCUGGGAAUGUGAUCGCGCGUUGA